AUGGAUCCUAUACUGCUAAAAGCUGCAGUAGAGGGUAACACUAAUUCCCUCGGAGAACGUCGAUUCAGGGAUGACUCUUUCAACUGGAAGCAAGUAACUCCCUUGAAGAACACAGCAUUUCACAUUGCCAUGAGACAUGGACACAUAGGUUUCGCCCGAGAACUCUAUAAUCGUUGUCCGUCGCUGGUAACCAUGAGAAACUCCAACGGUGACACCCCACUACAUGUAGCUAUAAAGGCUGGACGCUUUCAUACAACGAAUUCCACAAUGGUUGAAGAUGAUGAUGGUCAUCAGCAAACAUUUUCUCAUCCAGACCUUGGAAGCGGAAGGUCAGAAGACCGCAUUUCCUUUGUAGAGCAUUUGUUGAGAACUGUGGGUCCUCGAGCGUGGUCUGCAAAUGAUAAAGGGGAGUCUCUACUGUAUCUGCUGGCCACACACAGAGGGUCGGAGCAAAUCAUCAGUGAUGCCUUAUCAUCAUCAACUAGUUUUUCUCCAAGUUGUGAGGGACCUAAUGAUCUAACGGCCUUACACGCUGCUGUGAUUGCCGGGCAUUCAGGAAAUAUAAGAGCAAUAAUGAAAGGAAGGCCAGAACUCAUCCACAAGCAAGACGGAACCAAGAAGAAUCCUCUUCAUCAUGCAGCCUUACUGGGUGAUUUAGACACGGUGCAACUAUUAUUAAAAAUAGACUCUUCCAUUGCAUAUCAAGUGGAUGAUGAAGGUCACUCGCCUCUCCACAAAAUUGUGUUGAUUUGGCCAAUAGCAAAUGGCCAAAAUGUUCUUCAUGUUGCUGUGAUAGAGUAUCAACCGGAAGUUGUUAGGUAUCUCUGUAAGCGCUAUAGUGGGAGUCUUGUAAACCAAGUGGAUAAAGACGGGAACACACCUUUCCAUUUGGCCGCCAUCAACUUCUUCUUUUGGAUUAUAAUUGAUAUUUUACAAGAAGGUGAAGUGGACAUAACAGCCAAGAACAAUAAAAGCCUCACAGCUCGAGACAUUAUUGCGCUGGACAUGGAAAAGGAAGGGGCCAUUCGAAAUGGUUUUGAAGAUCCUUCUCAACCUGAUUAUGUUUACAAGUUUCACAAGGCACUUUACACACUUAGGCAAGCGUCUUGGGCCUCGCACUUGAAAAGAGCUGAGCUAAGAACUCCUCAAAUCGUCCAAAACAGUGAAGAUCCUGAAAGAGAUUCAAUUAAUGRUCACAUCAAUAGAGCUGAGCUAAGAACUCCUCAAAUCGUCCAAAACAACGAGGACCCAGAAAGAGGUUCAAUUAAUGCACCCAAUACAACAAAUGAGAACAAACAACAGCGUGGUGUUCACCUUAUGGAGUGGCUAGAACGGGCGGAUUCUGGAGUAUGGUCGGCUAAUAGGAAGGGCGAGUCUCUAUUGUAUCUGGCUUCACGGCAAGGAUUGCAAAGCGUAGUUGGUUAUGCGUUGGGAAGAUUAACUGCUCCAUCUCCUAAUCAUGGUGGACCUAAUGGACACACAGCUCUGGACACCGCUGUUAUGGGCAGGCAUUCAGGAAAAUAUUUGAAAGUUUAG